AUGAAAGCAUUAUUUAAAAACAAUUUAUUGCAGUUUGGAGAAUGGUCAAAUGAAAUUGGGUGGAAAUACAUCGAUGGCUUCACAAAUCUGUGGCAAUUCAAUAUCGAUUCAGAACGAACCAAUCUAGAAGGAAUCACAUUAAGGAUUGUUGUCCAUUUGGAAGAACCAUUUGUUAUGCAAGCAAAUAAUGAACUUGGUUAUGAAGGAUACUGCAUCGAUCUACUUCUUGAAUUAUCGAAAUUAUUGCGCUUUAAUUUUACCAUUUUUACGGUCUCUGAUGGUACAUACGGCAUUGAAGACAGUGUUGGUAGAUGGAAUGGAAUAGUUGGAGCGCUGCAGAGGCGAGAAGCUGAUAUGUCAAUAUCAGCAAUAACAAUUACAUAUAGUCGUAUAGAAGUUAUUGAUUUUACUCUUCCGUUUAUGCACCUCGGUAUCUCAGUUCUCCUAGCAAAAGAUGGUGAAGAGAAAAACAGAAAUCGCCUGUUUACAUUCCUUGAACCUCUUUCGUUUUCCGUAUGGAUAUCAUUGUUAUGUGCUUAUUUGGCUGUUUCAGUCUCAAUGUGGUUAUUGGCAAAAUUCAGUUCACGUGAAUGGUUUAAUGUGGAGCCUAUUAAUGGAAAAAUUAUGGUUUAUGAUAACUAUAAAAAUCAGUUUAAUAUGACCAAUAGUUUAUGGUUUGCAGUCGGAAGUUUAAUGCAGCAAGGUUCUGAUGUGAUACCUCGAGCUGCUGCAACACGCAUCGUUGCUAUCACUUGGUGGUUGUUUACUUUGAUAUUAUUGUCAUCAUACACGGCACAAUUGGCUGCUUUUCUGACCGUCGAACGUAUGACAACAACCAUUGAGAAUACAGCUGAUUUAGCAGGACAGCAUAAAAUUAAAUAUGGUACUUUAAAAGGAGGCUCGACGAUGAAUUUUUUUCGUGAAUCAAAAAUACCUAUCUAUGAAAGAAUGUGGUCAGUGAUGGAGUCCAACGUUCCAACAGUAUUUGUAAAUAGUAGCAAGGAAGGGAUUGAAAGAGUUAAAGCUGGAAAUUAUGCUUAUAUUAUGGAGUCAACAAUGAUUGAAUAUUACAUGGAGAGAGACUGUGAUUUGCAGCGAAUUGAUGCGCUUUUAGAUUCGAAGGGAUAUGGAAUUGCUCUUCCAAAAGGCUCUCCAUUACGUAAUUUACUUUCUCAGGCGAUACUUAAAUUGCAAGAAAGAACAAUACUCGAAGCGCUUAAAAACAAGUGGUGGAAGGACAAAAGAGUACUUUCAUGCAGUGCAACAAAAGAAAAGGAAAUAUCAGCUUCAUCAUUCGAAAACAUAAUUGGAAUAUUCUACGUAUUAUGCAUGGGUGUUAUCGUUGCAUUUCUUCUGGCAGUUACUGAAUUUUUCCUCGAAUCUAGAAAUGAAACGAUACGCACACAACUGACAAUCUUGGGCAGAAAGGCAAAAUUUGAGGAAAAAAAACGCAAAUUUCAUAAUAUUCAAUUGGAUACGACCAUAAAUCACAAGUAA